GAAACGUCAACUCUUUUCUUCUCCGCCGAUGCUGCCAGACCUGCUGAGUUUUUCCAGGUAAUUCUGUUUUUGUUUUGGAUUUCCAGCAUCCGCAGUUUUUUUGUUUUUAUCUCUGUGAUCAACGCACUUGCCCUAUCACAAAUCUGUUGGGAAAAGACGGAAAAUCUUCGACCAGAUUGUGGGAAAGUAAGAGAUCACAUGGUUCUGCGUGGGGAGUGUCUGUAUUACGAUGUACAUCUGUUGAAUGUUUGUCUCAUCUUCUUACUAGCAGGGUCCACCGUGAUGUCAGCACCUAAUAAAAGGAACUUACGCAUCCUGUUAAUUUCCACCAUCAUUAUGGUCUGUUUUUUAAUAUUUUCGAUGCUGUAUGUCAACCCAUUUAACACCUGGAUUUAUGUUCCCAUAGACACAAAAAACCUCUUUAUGCCUGCAAAGAAUGACACUAUUGUACUCAUUUGGUUUUGGCCUUUUGGUAAUACAUUUGAGCUCAAUUCUUGUGAAUCUGAGUUUGACAUCCAUGGCUGUUAUUUGACUGUGAAUAGGAGCCUGUACACCAAAUCCCAUGCUGUCCUUAUCCAUCACGGGGAGAUAAGGAGUGACAUGUCCAACCUGCCAACACAACCUCGACCAGCUUUUCAGAAAUGGGUUUGGAUGAAUCUGGAGUCACCCACCAACACUCAAAAAAAUACUGGAAUCGACCAGCUCUUCAACCUGACCUUGACGUAUCGGCGGGAUUCAGAUAUCCAAGUGCCUUAUGGGUCUCUGUCAAAGAAGAAAGUUCCAUCAGAUUUUAUAUUUCCCAAUAAAAGCAAUCUAGUGUGUUGGGUUGUAAGCAACUGGAACCGUAAGCUUGCCAGAGUGAAGUAUUAUUAUGAACUCUACAAAUACAUUAAAAUCGUCAUUUAUGGUCAAUUCCUCUGGCAACGCCUGAGCGAUAACAAUUUGAUUCCUACAAUAUCUAGGUGUAAGUUCUACCUUUCCUUUGAGAAUUCAAUACAUGAAGAUUACAUAACUGAAAAGCUCUACAAUCCUUUGCUUGCAGGCACCGUGCCUGUGGUCAUGGGGCCAUCGAGAAACAACUAUGAAAAUUACAUUCCAGCCAAUUCUUUCAUUCAUGUGGAUGAUUUCCACUCAGCUAAAGAGCUUGCGGGUUACCUGCAAAUGCUAAAUGAUAAUGAGGAUUUGUACAUGCACUACUUCAAAUGGAGGAAAUAUUACACAGUGAGGCUGACUCGUUUCUGGGAUGAACAUGCAUGUAAUGUGUGUGAGAAUGUAAAACAACAUCAAGAACAUAGAUCAUGUUCCAGUUUGGAGAAAUGGUUUUGGGAUUAAAUUCAAAAAUGUAGCUCCAGUAAAUUUCAGUAUCUAUGGAAUUCAAUGGCCUUUUCCAACUAAAAUAAUUUAUUGUUAAUUUGAAAAAAACAUUAAGUGGCAGAAAUUUGUUUUGAGCAAUGGUGCAAAAUGGGAGAUGUCAGGUCGACCGUCCAGUAUGUACAAUGUCUGAUAUUCAGUUUCAUUGUAACCAAUCCAAUACCGCCUUUUUUGCAGCUGUGUCCUGAGGCUAAUUUGUACCCCUAAUUUUUUUGCUUAACUUGAAAAAGCAUCUACAACCUUACAUCCUCUCUAGUUUUGUGAGAAUUCAUCAUGCCUUGGACACUUCAGUAGUGGAUUUCUGAGCAUCAAAUUCUCAUCCUAAAUUGUCUUCCACUGCAAAAUGCAAUUGCUUUUCAAGCAGAAUGUUUUUUUAUCGCAAAGAGCCUUCACACUGUCUUUCCCCUGGCACUGCCACUUGUAGAAUAAUAUUAGAAAAAAAAUCUUUACUGGAAAUUAAGAAUAAAAUGUUCCGAAACAAAUUGAACAAUUGACCUAAUAUUUUUAGUGCAGGAACAUUAUUCAAUUUUUAUCACAUUUUAAAGAAAAGAGCUUUCAAUGAUUUAGAAGUACUGUAAAUUUACAUGCAUCCAUUUUGGGUAGAGUUGCAAUGCUUUGUUUAUUAUUUAUAAUCUUACUUGACCCUCAAGUCAUCACCAUGUUGCUGCGAUUACAAACAAAGUAAAUGAACUGACUUGAAGACCCACCUUUAAAGCCUCAAACAGCAAGGUAAUUCUGUGAUUGAUAGGGUCCAUCCUGACUUUCUUCCUCUUUUUCACUUACUUGUUGCCCCUUUGACAACAUCUUUACCUCUCCACUACCUCUGUCGUUCAACUGCUUGUCUGAAAUCCAGAUUGUUUAUGGGUCAAAAAACUCUGUAGCAUUUUAAAAGUAGACACUUUAGACAGCCUUUUUGAUCAAGCCCCAGUUUCACAGUUAUGUCUAACUUUGAUAUUAUGUUGCAUUGGAUCUGUCGACUGCAG